ACCUGAUACCGGAGACGAGCGGUCCAGACGAGCCUGCAAACGAGGCGUUCCCAGCCGCCCCGAUCAGACCGACAGAUAUCCAUCUCCUCCCUGCGCCGUCUGUCAGCACCGAAGGAAUGAUCUCCGUCUGCCGCACACUAGAAACGCUCGCUAUAGGCGCCGACGACUUCUAAAUUAUCAUCUUUUCCCCUCUUCUCCUCUGUAACGGAGAUCGUGAAAUGAGAAGGGACGCGGAGAACUAACUGGCUAGCUGUGAGGCUAGCGUCGGUUAGCUUCAAGAACCUUUCCGAGCUAAUUGGCUAAACGUUUAUGUGUCAGAUUCCCGGCCGUAGUAACGGAAGGGUGGAUGGUUUUACAAAGUGUACAAGCGAGAAUGGUUCGUAUUUAGACGAAUGCGUAGGUUAUUUUUGGAGAUAUUUACCCUCUUUGCCUAAGUUUUGUAGUGCCAGACAGUCGCCCUAGGCAGCUAGCAUGUUAGCUAGCAGAUAUGGACGUUGUUCGCUGGCUGGUUGCGGGUGGCAGAUCCGCCAAACAAGUUAGCCGUUUGGCUCAUCCGUCCGGUGUCUGCUGGAGUCGAAAGCGGGACUGAAGUGAACUUUAAUUGGCGGUUAAUUAGUUAUCAGAUAACACCGAGUGGACCCCCCGCACCACCCCAACACAACGGCACCUUAUUUUCGCAUCUUUUCUCGAUGUGUUGUUCCGCGCCUGCCGGAGCGGUCCCAGUUCUGGAGCUGACGUGAGGACAAAGUGAAGAGGACCGGAGCGAAGAAGAAGAAAAAAAUAAAUAAUAAUACACACUUGGAGGCGCUCCAACUUCCACACCAAAGUCAUUGUACACUGUCAUGGCUGUGGGCCGAAUCACGAUGAAAUCACUCGCUAAAUUUGGGGUUUGCCUGGCGAUUCUCCUGACUUCAGUGGCUGCUGCCCAGGGUGAGGAGAGGGAGUGUGCCUUCACAGACCAGCAGCAGCAGUGGGAGGUGGAACGAGUGGCGGGGGGCGAAGGCCGAGUCUCCCCGGAGAACACGACCAUCCGAUGUGCCAAGGGCAGCCACUGUUUUGGCCUGUGGGAGAAAACUCCUCCAGGCGAAGUGCGGCUCGUCAAACAAGGUUGCUGGACUCACCUGGGCGAUAACCAGGGCUGCCGUGAGGACCGCUGCGUGGUGACCAACCUGCCUCCACAGAUCCAGAAUGGGACGUACCACUUCUGCUGCUGUGGCAGUGACAUGUGCAACGUGAACUUCACAGAGGACUUCCCAACGCCGAGCCCCACCACUGCACAGCCCAUCUACCCUCGCCCACUGCGGCAUGAAGAGACGGUAAUUAUCACCCUGGCAACAGUCUCUGUGCUGGCCGUGGUCGCUGUAGCAGCCUUCUUUGGUUACCGCAUGAUGCACGGAGACGGUAAGCAAGGCCUUCACAACCUCAAUAUGAUGGAGGCUGCUGGCUCUGAGAGCUCCCUGGACCUAGACAAUCUCAAACUGCUGGAGCUGAUUGGGCGUGGCAGAUACGGUGCGGUGUACUGUGGCUCUCUGGAUGAGCGGCCUGUCGCUGUAAAGGUGUUCACUGCAGCAAACCGCCAGAACUUCCUCAAUGAAUGCUCGAUCUAUCGUCUCCCGCUGCUUGAGCAUGAAAACAUCGCCCGGUUUGUGGCUGCUGACGAGCGGACCGGCCCAGAGGGACGCACAGAGUACCUUCUGGUCAUGGACUACUACCCACACGGCUCUCUGAGUCGCUACCUGAGUGUCCAGACCAACGACUGGGUCAGCAGCUGCCGGCUGGCUCACUCCGUCACCCGUGGCCUGGCGUACCUGCACACCGAGCUCUUCAAAGGGGACUUGUACAAGCCAGCGGUUUCCCACAGGGACCUGAACAGCCGGAACAUUCUCGUCAAGGCUGACGGCACAUGUGUUAUCAUCGAUUUUGGCCUGUCCAUGAAGCUGACAGGAAACAGGCCGGCACGUCACGGGGAGGAGGAAAAUGCUGCUAUAAGUGAGGUGGGGACCAUCCGCUACAUGGCUCCAGAGGUGCUGGAGGGCGCGGUGAACCUGAGGGACUGUGAGUCAGCACUAAAGCAGGUGGAUAUGUAUGCCCUUGGCCUUGUCUACUGGGAGACCUUCAUGAGAUGCACAGAUCUUUUCCCUGGAGAGUCUGUGCCAGAGUACCAGAUGGCCUUUCAGGCGGAGGCAGGGAACCACCCAACGUUUGAGGACAUGCAGGUCCUCGUAUCCAGGGAGAAGCAACGGCCCAAAUUCCCCGAAGCCUGGAAAGAGAACAGUUUGGCGGUUCGCUCUCUGAAAGAGACGAUGGAGGACUGCUGGGACCAGGAUGCAGAGGCUCGUCUGACAGCUCAGUGUGCUGAAGAACGACUGGCAGAGCUGCUCCUCAUAUGGGACCGCUCUAAAUCAGUCAGCCCUACACUUAACCCCAUGUCCACAACACUGCACAACGAGAGAAAUCGCAUGACACCAAAAUCUGGCCCAUACGCAGACCAUCCCUCCAGCUACAUCGAAGAGCACGAGGGGGUAGCCAAGAACACCCAGGUGGACACCACUAGCUCUGUGACUGGCAGGGCUGGGGUCGGGACAGGAGAGAGAAACAGGAAUUCCAUUAACCAGGAGCGCCAGCAGCAAGCCAACGCCCGUCUGCCCAGCCCAGAGGGCAGCAGUACCAGCAUGGGCCUGAGAGGCAGCCCUUCAGCCUCCACUACAACCACCACUAUCAUCUCUGAGUCUGAGGGACCCACAGGGACGGCCACAGUCCCUGUCUGCUUACACCUGACCCAGGAGGACCUGGAAACCACCAAGCUGGACCCUAAAGAGGUGGACAAGAACCUGAAGGAGAGUUCAGAUGAAAACCUGAUGGAGCACUCACAGAAGCAGUUCUGCUCCCCAGACCCGCUAAGCCCCGGCAGUUCCAGCCUUCUGUACCCCCUCAUCAAGAUGGCCAGUGAAGCGUCGGGCUCAUCGGACCCCGCUGCCACUAUGCCUACCACCAUCUUCCCCCUGCCCAAGCAGCAGAACCUGCCCAAGAGGCCGUCCAGUCUGCCCCUGCGUAACAAGCCCACUAAGAAGGAAUCGUCAUCCUCUUCGCUCAGGUUCAAGUUUGGACGCUCUGGGAAAUCCAACCUGCGGCAGGUGGAGGGAACAAAGAUGAACAUUGGUGCAGUAGCAGGCACAAACACAGCUGUAGAGGCUCACCGAGGCACAAGCACAAACAACGUACCCGUUUUACGAGACACGCACGUCAACGGUAGCAUUAACGGCGCUGGUAAUGGUCACAGCAGUGCUGGAAUCUCGCCCAUAGUUGCAGGUGGAGCAACGGGUUUUGGAGGAUCCAGCUUAACUCAGAACGGUUCUGGAGCCCUGAGGUCGGACGACAGCCGGCUGAGCCUCGGGGUCAUCACAGCCAGCCCCGACGAACACGAGCCGCUUUUGAGCCGCGAACGAGAGCAGACCGAUCAGAGGGAUACCUCCUCGAGUGUGGCCGCCCUCCGCUCAGCCCGACCAAACACUAACAACAACAACAGCAACACCGGCCACGGCCAGGGGGACGGCGAGAGUGGGGGAGAGAGUGAUGCAGGAGAAGAGGAGGGAGGUGCAGAGGAAGGAAGCAGGGAAACUACAGGGCCUCCUGGAGAAAGCUCAGGGGCAGGGUCUGUUCCGACGGCCCCGCAGGGGGAAGCUCCAGUCACCAUGAGAGGAGAGGCCCUCCUCAGGCAGCCCAGAGCCCGCAGGCCUGAGAGACCCAACUCCCUGGACCUGUCCUUCACAACACAGGACCUGGCCUCACUAGGCGACAGUCUGGUGCAGCCAGAUGGAGCCUUGGGGACGGGAGAUAAGAUCAAGAAGCGCGUCAAAACGCCGUAUUCCCUCAAGAAGUGGCGACCGACCACAUGGAUCAUCUCCACAGAUACCAGGGGGCCGGAGGUCAACAACAACGGGUCCACCCAGGGUCAAGGUCACAGUCAGAACCGGCCCAAGUCCAGUUCGGCCAUCUUCCUGCGGGGAGGCAGCUUGGCCGGCGAGCCCAGCGACACGCACGUGUGAACUCAGACCCCCUGACAAAAUGGAAAAAACAAGAAGAGCACUUGGUUUCUAUCUGUCGGGCUCUCUGCUCUGAAUCAGCAAGAGGAAGCUAUGGAGUGUGCCGUGGACAGUCGAGUCUGAUCAUGUACAGUAAUUAGGUCUGUCUCGCUCCUGUGUGUCUUUCUGAUGGCAUUGCUUUAACUGGAAUCCAGCUAUGCAGCAUUCUCAUUUGCUUGUUUCCACUUUUUAUUAAUCUCCCCUUUUGUUAGUUUGUUUCAUCCUCAUGAACAUAGUGAUGUUUUGAAUGGAAUUUAUUUUUUUCCUAUGUGCACUUUGAACCGAUUAAAAUCAGUGUUUUUAAGUCCUGUCUGUUGCGACCACAACAAAAGGUGGUCUCUAAACUUAAAUAGGCGACGAAAAACAAUCAAGACUCGGAGCGUUGUGUCUCUCACUUUGCUGUAUCAAGCAGUGUGAGAGGGGGCUCUGUAAAAGAAUUGACGGUCUUAAAAGACAGAACAAACUACUUUUUUUUCCUUGAUUUGUAUGCAAUACCAAUUCUUGUCUAUUUCACUAUGUAUCCAUUUUUUGUAUCAUACUUUUUAAUUGUGCAAUAGGAUGUAGCUUUUAGAUGCUUUCAAUGUUUUUAUUGCUUUCAUUAUUUUGUUUUUAUCUUGUCAUUAUUUUUGAUAUAUUUGUUAAUCUCUGUUGCACUUAUGAAUAGUCACAAUCGUUUUGUAAACAAUCCACCGUACACUACCACCCCCUGGCUCGAGAGGAGAAAAUGGAUGACAAUCCUCCUUUAUUUUCCUUCUUCUCUGGACUAUCUUUCAAGGGGGACGCAAACACUAACAAUCAAUCCCAGCUGACUGGAAAAAUGGGUUACCAUGGAAGUUCUCUGCUUGCACAGUUACACCAGGAAUGGCUCAAACUCUGGGGAUCUCUUAACUCUAUGAUCGCCAGAAUCAAACCUACGGAGGGAUCUGUUACAGUGGCCGACUCUUGCUGUACCACUAUCACCUGACCUCACUGUGGACUGUUUGUGUUUAACUGUCUCCGUGUGCGACUGAAAGACCAGAAACACUAAAAAAAAGCCCAGAUUCUGCUCUUUGAAUACUGUUUGAAAUCAGAAACGAGACUUUAAAACAAAAACCAAACCCCACUGAAGCACGCUGGAUAUUAUUUCUGCUUCUCGUUGUCUCAUCCCUUGAUGUUUGUAUGACUGAUUCAGUGUGUGUGCGUGAGUGUGCACGUGUUGUGUUCCUUCAUGUCAGCAAACAUUAGAAUUGUUAGGGCCUAGCGCUGUACAGGCGUACUGAAAUGUCAUUAUACUCAUUCUGUAUUUUCAGCGCUGCUUCAGGGCAUAUGAAAAGAUCUCAUUUAUGUUUUUGUAAUCUGUAAUUUGUAUGAAAAAAACACAUGUACAUGUAUUGCAUUAAUAUUUGCAUCAUUUUUAUGGAAUUCUGUUUUGCAUUCAAUGGACAUGGCCUUUGAUUCCAUUGCUAUGCGUCUGCUUGGUACAGUUUCUGUAAACACUUUCGAGUCAAUAUGGAAAAAAAAUAUCUCAAUAAAUGUAUGAAAUAA